AUGGAGGAGGAUCGCCUCUGGAAAUUUGGCAAGCCAGCAUGGCUCAAUAGUGUUUGGGCGCGCAACGCUGGCGUCUAUGGAGCUGGGGCUCUGUUCUCCCUCGCCUUCUACGUGCUUAUCGACGCGGCGGUGUGGUCGCACUCACCACUCAACAUGUCAGACGUACACGUGACAUUCAUCGACUGGCUCCCCUUCAUCUUCAGUUCGUUGGGCAUGCUCAUCAUCAACUCGGUCGAGAAGGCGCGGCUGUCGGCCGACUCAUUUAGCUACUCGGGCUCGGGUGUUGCGUGGAAGGCCCGCGUGGUGCUGUUCCUCGGCUUUGCGGCGCUCGCUGGCGGCAUGGCGGGUGGUGUCGUCGUCUUCGUCCUUAAGUUCGCCGUGCACCAGGUUGCCUGGCCUAUGAUGGGCAUGGGCGUCGAGAAUAUUGUCGCCAACGGCCUCGUCGGUCUCUCCUCUGUUGUCCUAUGGGUUAGCCAGAAUAUGGAGGAUGAAUAUAGCUACAAUCUGGCUCUAUGA